GAUAGGCUUGAUACAUCUCCCCCAGUUAUGUUUCUGCAGAUACAAGAUGUCAUCCUUGCAGUAUCUAUCACUGGUGGUCACGUUGCUGUCUCUGCCUGGGACUCUAGGAUUCUUAUUUGGUAAGAACUCAAGAUCUUCUGAGAUCCACCUUCCAUUCCUGCGCAUUGGGGUGGAUUCCUCACACGAGACUUCUUCACAGGAGCGUCAAAAGAAACCAUUCGUUUCGGAUGAUCUAAACCCGGAAUUUUUUUGUCAGGGUCCCUGUAAAGAUGGGUGGACUUCCUACCUUGGCUACUGUCACCUCUAUGUAGCGCAGGAAUUCAGCUGGAAUGACGCAGAGGGGUACUGCCAGAACCUCUUCAGCCGCUCUCACCUCACCAGUGUCCUCAGUGAAAACCACAAUCAGUUCCUCAUGACUCUUGCACAUUCAAAAGGAUAUCGCGGAAAUAAACUCUGGACUGGUGGCAACAGAGGAAAGGGAUCCAAAUCCUGGGCUGAUGGAUCGCCACUCAACUUUCUGAAACUAACCAAUGGUCUGCUUGGAAUAUUUGGUAGCAACAAGUGUAUAAGUCUCAACCUUGGAGGUGGCAGUUUCUGGAAUGAGCUGGCCUGUAACCAAAAGCUGCAUUUUAUCUGUAUAUACAAGCCGAGUGACCCGUGAGGCUGGAGACAACUGGAACAUUAUCACCUCUUCACCAGGAUAUCCAUCAACACAUUAUUGAUUUUUUUUAUUUGGUCGUCAUUUUAGGGUUGUUUAAUACUAAUAGUACAAAUGUGCUAUUAACUGUAGCGAACAAAUAAAAAAUUACCUAUAUGGGCUACUUUUA